UGCUUAUCUCUAUGGUCCGCUCAUUCACCUUUCACCAGUCACCAAAUUUCUUUCGAUUUUAUUUCAUUCAACGUUGUAAAUUUGCGAAAAACAGACGUGUUUUGUGUAUUCUGUACUUUUUAAUUAAGAUCUAAUUUUUAUCAAGCAAUUUCUGUAAUCGUUGUCAACAUGCAGAUAUUCGUGAAGACCCUGACUGGGAAAACCAUCACUUUGGAGGUCGAGCCUGCAGACACCAUCGAGAACGUUAAGGCGAAGAUCCAGGACAAAGAGGGCAUCCCGCCCGACCAGCAGCGUCUCAUCUUCGCUGGCAAGCAGCUUGAAGACGGCCGCACCUUGUCCGACUACAACAUCCAGAAAGAAUCUACCCUCCAUCUUGUUUUGCGUCUGCGCGGAGGUAUGCAGAUUUUCGUCAAGACUCUCACUGGUAAAACUAUCACUCUUGAGGUCGAGCCAGCCGAUACUAUCGAGAAUGUUAAAGCUAAGAUCCAGGACAAGGAGGGUAUCCCCCCAGACCAGCAGCGUCUGAUCUUCGCUGGUAAGCAGUUGGAAGAUGGCCGCACCCUGUCUGACUACAACAUCCAGAAAGAGUCCACCCUGCACUUGGUGCUGCGUCUGCGAGGUGGUAUGCAGAUUUUCGUGAAAACCCUGACUGGCAAGACAAUUACCCUGGAAGUGGAAGCCUCAGACACAAUUGAGAAUGUGAAGGCCAAGAUCCAAGACAAAGAGGGAAUUCCCCCAGACCAGCAGAGGUUGAUCUUUGCAGGCAAACAGUUAGAGGAUGGCCGCACCCUGUCUGACUACAACAUCCAGAAAGAGUCCACCCUUCACUUGGUGCUGCGUCUGCGAGGUGGUAUGCAGAUUUUCGUGAAAACCCUGACUGGCAAGACAAUUACCCUGGAAGUGGAAGCCUCAGACACAAUUGAGAAUGUGAAGGCCAAGAUCCAAGACAAAGAGGGAAUUCCCCCAGACCAGCAGAGGUUGAUCUUCGCCGGCAAACAGCUAGAGGAUGGUCGCACCUUAUCUGACUACAACAUCCAGAAAGAAUCCACCCUUCACUUGGUAUUGCGUCUGCGUGGUGGUAUGCAGAUCUUUGUCAAGACUCUGACGGGAAAGACCAUCACUCUGGAAGUUGAAGCUUCAGACACCAUUGAGAAUGUCAAAGCCAAGAUCCAAGACAAGGAGGGCAUCCCUCCCGACCAACAGCGUCUCAUCUUCGCUGGUAAACAGCUGGAGGAUGGUCGCACCUUGUCCGACUACAACAUUCAGAAGGAGUCUACCCUCCAUCUUGUUUUGCGUCUGCGUGGAGGUAUGCAGAUUUUCGUGAAAACCCUGACUGGCAAGACCAUCACCCUGGAAGUCGAAGCUUCAGACACCAUCGAGAAUGUUAAGGCCAAGAUCCAGGACAAGGAGGGUAUCCCCCCAGACCAGCAGCGUCUGAUCUUCGCUGGUAAGCAACUAGAAGAUGGCCGCACCCUAUCCGACUACAACAUUCAGAAGGAGUCCACUCUUCACUUGGUACUGCGUCUGCGCGGAGGUAUGCAGAUUUUCGUCAAAACUCUGACAGGAAAGACCAUCACCCUGGAAGUUGAAGCUUCAGACACCAUCGAGAAUGUGAAGGCCAAGAUCCAAGACAAGGAGGGCAUCCCUCCCGACCAGCAGCGACUUAUCUUCGCCGGUAAACAACUAGAAGACGGCCGUACAUUGUCAGACUAUAAUAUCCAGAAAGAGUCAACCCUUCACUUGGUAUUGCGUCUGCGUGGUGGUAUGCAGAUUUUCGUGAAAACCCUGACUGGCAAGACCAUCACUCUGGAAGUUGAAGCUUCAGACACCAUCGAGAAUGUCAAAGCCAAGAUCCAAGACAAAGAGGGAAUUCCCCCAGACCAGCAGAGGUUGAUCUUUGCAGGCAAGCAGCUUGAAGACGGCCGCACCUUGUCCGACUACAACAUCCAGAAAGAAUCUACCCUCCAUCUUGUUUUGCGUCUGCGCGGAGGUAUGCAGAUUUUCGUCAAGACUCUUACUGGUAAAACUAUCACUCUUGAGGUCGAGCCAGCCGAUACUAUCGAGAAUGUUAAAGCUAAGAUCCAGGACAAGGAGGGCAUCCCUCCAGACCAGCAGCGUCUGAUCUUCGCUGGUAAGCAGUUGGAAGAUGGCCGCACCCUGUCUGACUACAACAUUCAGAAAGAGUCCACUCUUCACUUGGUACUUCGUCUGCGAGGUGGUAUGCAGAUUUUCGUGAAAACCCUAACUGGCAAGACAAUCACUCUGGAAGUUGAAGCUUCAGACACCAUCGAGAAUGUGAAGGCCAAGAUCCAAGACAAGGAAGGCAUCCCUCCCGACCAGCAGCGACUUAUCUUCGCCGGUAAACAACUAGAAGACGGCCGUACAUUGUCAGACUAUAAUAUCCAGAAAGAGUCGACUCUUCACUUGGUAUUGCGUCUGCGUGGUGGUAUGCAGAUUUUCGUGAAAACCCUGACUGGCAAGACCAUCACCCUAGAAGUCGAAGCUUCAGACACCAUCGAGAAUGUAAAGGCUAAGAUCCAAGACAAGGAAGGCAUUCCUCCGGACCAGCAGCGUCUGAUCUUCGCUGGUAAGCAGCUAGAAGACGGCCGCACCUUAUCUGACUACAACAUCCAGAAGGAGUCUACCCUUCAUCUUGUUUUACGACUCCGAGGAGGAAUGCAGAUUUUCGUGAAGACUCUGACGGGAAAGACCAUCACUCUGGAAGUUGAAGCUUCGGACACCAUCGAGAAUGUAAAGGCCAAGAUCCAGGACAAGGAGGGUAUUCCCCCAGACCAGCAGCGUCUCAUCUUCGCCGGUAAACAGCUGGAGGAUGGUCGCACCUUGUCCGACUACAACAUCCAAAAGGAGUCCACCCUUCACUUGGUAUUACGUCUCCGUGGUGGCAAUUAAUACAACGUUUGAAUCACAUUACCACAAUUUUAAUUUUGCAACUAAAUAUUUCAAACGUCUGACAUAAUAUUCAAUUCUCUUUUGGUUUGAUUAUGUAACUUAAAAUCUUAUUUCAAGUCUGUAAAUCUCAAUUCUUAAUGUAACCAUUCCAUUAACUGAUAAUAAAAGCUUGAUUUCGUUUA